GAUUAUUUAGUUCUUUCUAGCCGGUUGUUCGUACAGGCAGACAGAUACAGCUAUGGAUAUAGAGAUUUUAAUAGCAUCAGUGUAUAAGAAAUGCCCAAUAUGGGAUAAGAAAAGUAAAUUACACAGCAAUAGAAAUGUUGUUGACAAAUGUUGGAAAGAAAUUGCUGAAGAAAUGAAAGAGGAUGAAAAUAAACUGAGGAAAAAAUGGAAGUAUAUCAGGGAUCAAUUUUCCGUAGAAUUAGGAAAAUUUCCUCCUCCACGUUCAGGUGAUGCCGCAAAUGAUACUCCGACAUCCAAGUGGCCAUACUUCAAACUGCUCUUAUUUUUGAAAGAUACGGUAAUGCCUAGAAAGUUGAAAGGAAAUUUGCCACAAGUAAGUGGUCGUACUGAAAGCUUUGCAGAAAGUCAAACUGAAGCAGAAGAGUCGAUUCAGUCAUCGAUGGAAUUAGACGAGACCAGCUUUUGUUCCACUGAAGAUGUUGUACCUCCUCAACGAAAUGCUGGCGAUGAUAUCGUAGAAAAUACAAGGCAAGAAAAGAGGCCCAACAGAAAUAUUUAA